AUGCCUUACUCAGACAACCUGUACUCGAUGUUGGACGAUGAGUCGGAUAUCGAGCCAAAUGAAGGGACCUCUAAUCAGCAUGGGAGCUAUGAGCACGGUGUGACUUCUCAGCACCCAGCGUUCGACUCCAAUACCGUCUCCACGGCGGCGACGCAUGCAGUCUACGACGCAGGGGACGAUGUCGACGCCGAGGAUCCACAGCUCUUCUCGCCUACGGAUGGAUACUUUGGCGCGGCGGCCGGCACUUCAUCCGGAACUGUGGUGCCCGCGUCAUCCAAUGUUCCCCAUGUACCCAACGUCCUGGUCGAGGAUCCGUCUCUGGAACGGAGCGCGGCCGAGGGCAAGGCGAGGGAGGCAGAGCAGGAAAGACGACGCAAUGACCAAGGCCUACCGGACUCGAACGAUGGCGACACACCAACCGUUCCGUCUCUUGCCGCUGGAGCGUCACGAAACGGUCCCACGUCGGCAUACCAGGUGCCACCGAGCUCGCAAAGCGCCACGCCGAGCUCAGCGUCUGUAGCAGCCACGUAUUACGCCCCGUCAUCAUCCAGCCGCAGGCCCUCUGCUGCCACGCCAACGUCAUAUACAGCGUACUCGCAAAGGUCUGCCUACCAUGGCGAGCGCUUCCCUUUCGUACCACGAGAGGCCCCGCCCGCUUACACGCCUUCCCCUAUUUCUCCCAUCAACUCGCACGGCUUUGACAGCGCUUCGAGUAACUACAGGACAUUCUCCCAGGCCACGCACACAGUCGUCAACAUGGGGAGGCCGGAAGAGACACAGGGCCUCCUGUCCCACCAGCCCGAGAGCAUGCGGGAUCACAACUCGGAUGGUCUUGACGAGGAGACACCCUCAUGGAGAGGCCGCAUCAGGAAAGCCCGGCGUCGUCUUGGUGGGGCUAAGUACAAGAUGAUGCUCAGCGCUUUGCUACUGCUUCUGGUGACGGCGGGAUUUGUCACUGGCCUCGUCAGUGCCACGAGGGCCAAGACUGGACGUCACAGUCCUGCCACAGACGAACCUCAAACGAAUCCGGAUCAACCCAAAAUGAGCUAUCCCGAUGUAGAUGGCGACUUCAGCUGGGACACGGGCAUGUUCUGCAAGGAUGCCCAGAUUCCCCGCCAUAUCCAGACCUACCAUGUGGACUUUGGCGCCGACAAGCAGCUCAAGGUUGUGGAGAAGACGUCUGACGAUGAAGGCCGCCGCGGCUGGGGUGAGGUUCAUACUCAAGGCACAGUUGUUCUGCGCAGGGCCGGGACUGGCACGCCUAAUUCUGCAGUGACACUGGAAGUCACCGUCACUGACGAGCGCCUCCCGGUGUACAGCUCAUGGGACGCGGAUUCCGGUUCUCUAAAGAUCAUCGUACCUCACCGCGUCGAAUGGAGUCCAGACAGGCCAAAGGCAUGCGUCAACGUCAAAGCCACCGUAUGGGUCCCCGAGAAUGCCGCGCUCAAACUCCUCAACGUCGACGCCGUACACCUCGACAUUAAGCUUCUCGACAACCUGUCACUCUCCGUUGUUGAGGGUACCAAGCUGGGCAGCACCGUCGGCGCCAUCACGGCCGCGUCCACCGGCACCAGCGUCCGUGACAAUCAGCUCAUCGACAUCGGCGCACCGGCCUCUUUCACCUUUAACUCGCGCAUCAUCGACGUCAAGACCACCGCAGCACCUAUCAUCGGCACUUGGCCGCUGUACGACUACCUCGGCCUGCAGUCCACAGCGGGCAACAUCAAAGUCGGCAUUGACCCCAAGCCCGCCGAUCCGGAUACCCCCAAGCCCGCAAUCCUCUACCUCAAAUCCCUCUCGGGCCACGUCACCUUCCGCGAACCGAUCCACACGGCCGAAGCCACCUUUCGCAUCGCCCAGGCCCUGCCCAGGCCCAACGACCGCCGCCAGGCGGAACUCCGAGCCGCGUCGGUCCUCCCGCCGCGCGAUUAUCGGGUCGACGUGCAUACCACCAGUGGAGACAUUAUAGGCGCCGCGGCGUGGAGUUCCUCGGCCGGGUUCAAGUCGACCUCGGGGACGAUCAGUGUGGAUCUGCUUCCUGUGCUGGACUCGUCGCUCGCGGGUUCAGGGGACGCCAGGGAGGUGGCGCUGUCGACGGCGAGCACCAGCGGCGCGACGGAUGUGAGCGUGCUGGAGCCGAUGUGGGUGGAUGCGGCGGCCAUUCUGGGAGGAGGGAACUCAGGGGAGGAAGGCGGCGCCAGAGGGGGGUAUGUUGCGCUGAAGACUACUUUGCCUUCUUCUACUUCUUCUUUUGCUGUCUCUCCUUCCUUCAGGGAGGUCGGUGACGAGCGGCGAACACCGCUGCGGUGCCUGCAUACCGCGCACACGAGCACGUCGGCGAAUAUCAAGGUGGUGUUACCCGGUAGCUGGGAGGGGGAUAUCGGCUUGUCGUCGCUCACGGGGCUGUUGCAGGUGGAUGGGGAGGGGGUCAAGUUGAUCAAGGCCGGGAGUGACUGGCCUGGGGUGAAUAAGCAGUUGCUUGCUAGGAAGGGGGAGCAGGGGAAUGGCGGGAAGACCACCGCUAAGAGCACGAGUGGGGAUGUGUCUGUUUCGGUUGGCAAGAAGGAGUGA